GAGAAUGUCGGUCUCCGGCGGCUGAUGUGUAUGGUGUGCGCCGCUGACGCUCCGGCGCGCGUUCUGCAGCGCGGGAAUAAAGUUUGUUGAAUUGGUGUCCAGCUUGGAUGCCUGAGUUCCAGGCUGUGCCGUGUGGCGCCCCACAAGUCGUCCAGCUAAAGGAAAAGAUCCGUGGGACCGGCUCUGCUCAGGUUGCUGCCCAGUUGACUCCAACACAUGGUGACCGUAUGUAUGACGGAACGAAAGGGGGCCCAGUCCUGCACCAUCUUCACGAUUGUUGGGCAUUUUAAAGAUGACUGACAAAAAUUUGGAAAUAACUUCACAGCAGCGGAAACUUCCUGAUUGGAUGUCUGUGCAGAAUAAGAGGAGUGCUGUGGAAGAAAGAAAGUCAUCUAUUCAGAAGAGCGUUUUUGAAGAUGAACUCCCCUUCCUAGAAUUCACUGGGUCUAUUGUGUACAGCUAUGAAGCUAGUGAUUGCUCUUUCCUAUCAGAAGAUAUUCGCAUGAGUCUAUCUGAUGGAGAUGUGAUAGGAUUUGACAUGGAAUGGCCACCAGUGUACAGUAAUGUGAAACUAGGCAGAGUUGCUCUAAUUCAGUUAUGUGUGUCGGAGAGCAAGUGUUACUUGUUCCAUGUUUCUUCUAUGUCAGUUUUCCCGCAGGGAUUAAAAAUGUUACUUGAAAAUGAAGCAAUUAAAAAGGCAGGUGUAGGAAUUGAAGGUGAUCAGUGGAAACUUCUACGUGACUUUGACAUCAAAUUGAAGAGUUUUGUCGAACUGACAAAUGUUGCCAAUGAAAAGCUGAAAUGUAUGGAGACCUGGAGCCUGAAUGGUCUGGUUAAACACCUCUUAAGUAAGCAGCUUUUGAAAGACAAGUCUAUCCGCUGUAGCAAUUGGAAUAAUUUUCCUCUCACUGAGGACCAGAAGCUGUACGCAGCCACUGAUGCUUAUGCUGGUCUCAUCAUUUAUCGAAAGUUAGAAAAAUUGGGUGAUGGUGUGCAAAUGCUUGCUUUAAAUAAAGAGGAGAAAAUACUACCCAGUGUUGUGAAAAAACAGUUGACUUCAAUCUCUGAAGAGAUGCUGGAUCUGGCUGAGCAUCUUCCUGACACUUUCAGAAAAUUUGAAAAUCCACAGAGGAUUUCUAUACUAUUAAAGGAUAUUUCAGAAAAUCUGUAUUCACUGAGGAAGAUGAUAUUUGGUUCUACCAACACUGAGACAGAACUGAGGCCCAGCAGUGAUUUUAACUUGUCACUGGAAGAUCCAACUGCUGGUGUAAAAGAACAGAAGGAAACUAGAGAACACAAAAUUUUUGCUAAAGUUAAAGAUCAGACAUGGGACAUACCACUUGAUAAUUUAAUUAAACAUGAUGGAGAAAAUAUACUUGAAAAUGAAGUGAAACAACAAGAUGUGUUUGAAGAUGGAAUAGAAAACAAUAAAUCGAAAGAAGAUUCGGAAAGAAUUUGUUUGAUGUCAUUAGAUAUUACAGAAAGUGAACUCCAGUUCUUGGAACAGCAGGCUCAGGAAGAAAAUCUUUGUGAUGUUACUUACACAUCUUCUGAGCAUUUAUCUUCCAAAGAUAAUGAAGAGGAUAGAUCUUAUAUAAUUGAAAGUGACGAAGAUUUAGAACUGGAGAUGCUGAAGUCUUUAGAAAACCUAAAUAAUGACACAGUGGAUCCAAUUCAUUCUAAAUGCUUAGAAAUGGAAGGAAAUCUGGGUCUUCCUACUGAUGAAGAUGAAAAUGAAGAUAUUGAAGAGGAGGAAGAAGAUGAGGAGGACCACUCGGUACCAGAACCCAAUGCAAAACAAGUUAUUUGUCUUAAGACCUACUUUGGCCAUUCCAGUUUUAAGCCGGUUCAAUGGAAAGUGAUUCAUUCUGUAUUGGAAGAAAGAAGAGACAAUGUUGUUGUCAUGGCAACUGGAUAUGGAAAGAGUUUGUGCUUCCAGUAUCCACCUGUAUAUGCAGGCAAGAUUGGCCUUGUCAUUUCUCCUCUUAUUUCUUUGAUGGAAGACCAAGUACGCCAGCUUGAAAUGUCCAACAUUCCAGCUUGUUUCCUUGGAUCAGCACAGUCAAAAAAUGUUCUCAAGGAUAUUACAUUAGGCAGAUACCGGCUGGUAUAUAUAACUCCAGAAUUCUGUUCUGGUAACUUGAACCUCCUCCAGCAACUGGAAGCUAAUAUCGGUAUCACACUUAUUGCCGUGGAUGAGGCUCACUGUGUUUCAGAGUGGGGGCAUGAUUUUAGAAAUUCGUUUAGGGCUUUGAGUUCUCUAAAGGCAACACUCCCGAUGGUUCCAAUUGUUGCGCUCACUGCUACUGCAAGUUCUUCAAUCCGGGAAGACAUUAUAUCUUGCUUAAAACUGAAGAAUCCUCGGAUUACAUGUACUAGUUUUGAUCGACCAAACUUGUACUUAGAAGUUGGACGAAAAACAGGAAAUAUCCUUCAGGAUCUGAAACAAUUUCUUAUAAAAAAGACAAGUUCUUCCUGGGAAUUUGAAGGCCCAACUAUCAUCUACUGUUGUUCCAGAAAAAUGACAGAACAAGUCACAGAUGAACUUAGGAAACUGAAGUUAGCCUGUGGAACAUACCACGCAGGCAUGGGUAUUAAAUCAAGGAAAGAAAUUCAUCAUAGGUUCAUGAGAGAUGAAAUUCAGUGUGUCAUAGCUACCAUAGCUUUUGGAAUGGGCAUUAAUAAAGCCGACAUUCGCAAAGUCAUUCAUUAUGGUGCUCCUAAGGAAAUGGAGUCAUACUACCAGGAGAUUGGUAGAGCUGGCCGUGAUGGACUUCAAAGUUCUUGUCACUUGCUCUGGGCUCCAGCAGACAUUAACUUAAAUAGGUUCCUCCUUAGUGAGAUACCCAAUGAAAAAUUUCGAUUAUACAAAUUAAAGAUGAUGGCAAAGAUGGAAAAAUAUCUUCAUUCCAGCAGGUGUAGACGACAAAUCAUCUUGUCUCAUUUUGAAGACAAACAACUACGAAAGGCCUCCUUGGGUAUUAUGGGAACUGAAAAAUGCUGUGAUAACUGCAGGUCCAGCUUGAGUCGUUGCUUUUCCGUUGAAGACUCAGAUGAUACAUCACAGGACUUUGGUCCACAAGCAUUCCAGCUGCUAUCUGCUGUGGACGCUUUAGGAGAACAGUUUGGAAUUGGGGUUCCCAUUUUAUUUCUCCGAGGAUCUAAUUCUCAGCGUCUUCCAAAUGAAUAUCGCAGCCACUGUUUCUUUGGCACUGGCAAGGAUCAGACAGAGAGCUGGUGGAAAGCUUUUUCUCGUCACCUCAUAAUUGAGGGAUUCUUGGUGGAAGUUUCUACGCGUAACAAAUUUGUAAAGAUUUGCACCCUUACAAGAAAGGGUAGAAACUGGCUUGAUAAAGCCAAUGAAGAGUUUCCUCAGAGACUCAUCCUUCAAGCUGACGAAGAAUUGUGUCCAAGGAAGUUUCUUCUGCCAAGUUCUAAAGCUGUAGCUUCAGUCACUGAACCAUGUGUCUUUAAUCAAGUACCAAUUGAAUUAACGGCAGAGAAGCAGCAGUGUAAUUUGGAGAAGAUGUAUUCUUACAAGGCACCUGAUAAAGUAUCUUCUGGGAGUAACGUUCCUAAGAAAAGUGUCAUGGUGUCGUCACCAGGAAAAUAUCUUCCUGUAUCUUACAAGUCCACAGAACCUGUUAUUUCAGCCCAAGAACAAGAGACUCAGACUACAUUAUAUGGCGAAUUGGUAGAAGCCAGGCAGAAACAUUCCAAUAAAAUAGAUGUUCCUCCAGCUAUUCUGGCAACAAAUAAGAUACUGCUGGAUAUGGCCAAAAUAAGACCUACUACAGUUGAAAACAUGAAACGGAUUGAUGGUGUUUCUGAAGGCAAAGCUACUAUGUUGACCCCUCUGCUGGAAGUCAUCAAACAGUUCUGCCAAAGAAAUAGUCUUCAGACAGACAUUUUUUCAAGUACAAAACCUCAAGAAGAACAGAAGAAAAGUCUGGUCAUGAAAAAUGAAGAAUUCUCGCUUUCGCAGUCUGUGGUCAUCACUUACUCUUUAUUCCAAGAAAAGAAGAUGUCUUUAAAGAGUGUCGCUGAGAGCAGAACUCUGCCUCUCACGACAGUUGGCGUGCACUUAUCCCAAGCGGUGAAAGCUGGCUACCCACUCGAUAUGGAGCGAGCAGGCCUGACUCCAGAGGUUCAGAAGAUUAUUGCUGAUGUUAUCCGAAACCCUCCCAUCAACUCAGACAUGAAUAAAAUUAAACUAAUUAGAACGUUGGUUCCUUCAAAUAUUGACACAUACCUUAUCCACAUGGCAAUUAAAGUUCUGGAAAGAGAUGAUGACAGCAGACUGCUGUGCCAGCUUUCAUGUGAUUCCAACAAAAAGAGAUGUUUCCCCAACUCUGAAGAGAGCCGUUUAAAUUCCAAGAGAAGCAAGAAAGAAACUUCAGCUGAAACCUCAAAGAGAAAAUUACCUCAGUGGUUUGCCAAGGGAACGGAGACCUUAGGUACUACCUACAAGAAAUCAACGGCCAAAACUAAAAAGGGUCUUUUUAGUUAAAUUGGAAGUUCCAGAGGAAUUAUGUGUGUCUUGCUGUAUUAUAAAACAAGAGCUAUAUUUCAUUUCUGAAAAGAGUGGGGAGUAAUGUCAGUUUAAAAAAUAUUUCAGUCCCAAAGUAAAAAUUACCUGUUUAUUGAAGGACUGGCAUCUUAAGUCAGCCUUCCGCAUAAAAUAUUUGGGCCUUCUGAGAGCCUGAGUGAGUACAUCAUAGAGUACUAAAUUAGAUUUCUUUAAGAUUGCUUUAAGAAACCAUGUUAUUGUCCUUUUCUCUAAAUUUAACAUGCCAUCGUUUGAUAUAAUAACAGAAUAGUAGUUGUAUGGUACUUGUGUGAUGUAAGAUAUUUCUAUCUUACUUAAACUGUGUUUUAUAAACAAAGAAAGUAUAGUUAUUCUGUGAAUUGUCUUUAUUCUCUUUAAAAGAAGCUCUUAUACACAUUGUUAAAUGGUACAGGUGGACCAGAUCCAUGAAAACUAACAUAACAUUUUGUGUUUCAUGUACAUAGGGAAAAAGAUUCUAACGAAGGAUACCAAUCACACUAUGCAACUAUGCACUUUGUAUUUUAUAUACUAUUUCUAUUGUUUUUCAAAUAAUAAAACAAUUUCAUUUAUAUUGAAUGUCUAUAUUAUAUUUCCAUUGAGUUGAUUAAUUACCUUGAGUACCUCCAUUUUUCCGGAUGGUCAGGCUUUGAUUCUGCUGUCUCUUUACGUAGCACAUGUGACUUCAGUAUCUAAAGCCCAUA